AUGUGCCUUCCAUCACCGCUUCCAUCACCCACUCGAUAUAAUCCACCGCCUCAAUACUUUUCUUGGGAGCUGAUUCAUCUCUUGCUCUUGCUACUUUCAAGCCACGCUUCUUCCUUCUUUGCUUCCUUUGCCUCAAAAUUUCUGGAAUUCCCGUUUUCGUUUCCUUUCAGAAAAUCAAACCUCCAAAAUAUUGAAGCAAAGCGGAGAAAUAAAGAACGAUUUUCGUCAAGGUUUUCCCGAAAUCGACCCCUUUCACUUGCUCUUGCGUCGGUUAUAGCCACAGUUUGUCGGUCGUUGAAAUUGGGUUCUCCAUGGUUGUCUCGGUGUCGUAGACACGUGUUUUUUAUCUGUCUUCAUCAGAAGUGA